AUGGUAGAGUACGAUAAGAGGGAGUUGCUCGGAUGCUUCGCUCAAAUUUUUGAGCGACAACAAUUCUGGCAAAGGCUGCAGCAUCAGCAGCAGCACCGGGCACUCAGGUCCAAGACCGAGUGCCAGAUUGAGCGUUUGAACGCUCAAGAACCGAACCGUAGGUUCGAGUCUGAGGCGGGUGUAGUUGAGUUCUGGGAUGCUACCCAAGAACAGUUUGAGUGCGCUGGAGUUCAAGCCGUUAGGCAUGAGAUCCGGCGCAAUGGGCUUUUGUUGCCUUACUAUAGCAACACUCCCCAGCUCAUCUAUAUUGUUCAAGGCAAUGGAGUUCAUUCAGCAAUAUUCCCAGGUUGCGCCGAGACAUUUGAAACAGAGUCACCACUCGAUCGUAGGGCUCGGUCAGGAGAUAGAGGGCAGAGAUCACUCGAUCGUCACCAGAAAGUUAGGCGUUUUCGGGCGGGAGAUAUUCUUGCAUUGCCUGCUGGAGUUACUCAUUGGACAUACAAUGAUGGUGAAGAACCUAUUAUUAGUGUCUCACUUAUUGACACUUCUAAUGUUGCCAAUCAACUUGAUCUCACAUUCAGGAAAUUCUUCCUAGCUGGGAAUCCUCAACGUGGUGUACAAGAACAAGUACUAGGAAGACAACAAGAGACAGGCAGCCAAUAUGGAAGAAGAGGAUCUGAACAAGAGAAAGGAGGCAACAUGUUAAGUGGAUUUGAUGCUCAAGUUCUCUCCGAGGCAUUCAAUGUAGACGUUGAGGUUAUACGAAAGAUCCAGGAACAGGCCCCCGAGAGGGGCGUUAUUGUCCAGGCUGAGAACCUUCGGUUCCUCCUCCCGGAGGCUAAAGAAGAAGAAGAAGAAAGAGAAUGGCAUAGUAGAAGAGGAAUCCCUCUUAAUGGAUUGGAAGAAACUUUUUGCACAAUGAAGUUGAGGGAGAACAUUGGCCAUCCUACUAGGUCUGACGUGUACAAUCCACGUGGCGGACGCAUAAGCACCGUCAACAGCAACACUCUCCCCGUCCUUAACUGGCUCCAGCUCAGCGCUGAGAGAGGAACACUCUACAACAAUGCUAUAGUGGCACCACAUUGGAACAUGAACGCUCACUCAAUCAUCUAUAUCAUCCGUGGAAGCGGCCGGUUCCAGGUGGUUGGGAACGCGGGAAAGUCCGUGUUUGAUGAUGAGGUGAGGCAGGGGCAACUUAUCGUCGUGCCUCAAAACUUUGCUAUAGUGAAGAAGGCAGGGGAGCAAGGGCUCGAUUACAUCGCUUUCAAGACCAAUGACAACGCGAUGAUUAGCCCGUUAGCCGGACGUUUAUCGGCUAUCCGAGCCAUGCCAGAGGAAGUCCUCAUGAACUCAUACCAAAUUACAAGGCAGGAAGCUAAGAGCUUGAAGUAUAAUAGGGAUGAGCUUAGUGUUUUUGGACCAGGAGCUAGAUCUAGCAGGCAAUAUGCCUAAAUGUAACAUUAUGUAAAAAAAAAUAUAAAAAAAUCAAAUAAUGUAGUGUCUCAAAAAUCCUAUCUUUUAUGUUAGGAUUUGUUUGGUGAGGGAAUAAUUAAAAAAAAUGCCUCUUGUAAAAGGCAGUUCUAACGUUUAAUUAAUCUUUUGAGUGAAUCGAGAAAAAUGUUUGAUUGUCCAUCUUUCUGAUGAUACAUAUAUCAAGCCUUGCAUUCUACGGAUAAUUCAAAUCAGAGUAAUUGAAUGUCUAACUUGGUUGGGCCUAUAUGACAUGACCGAUCAAUAGAUUUAACUAUUUUUUUCAUACAUAAGGUCCCUUAAUAUGUCUCUAUCUGUGUAAUUAGCAUUAUUUCACAUGCCAAUAUAGUAUUUUCCACUAUCUACUGAUCAGUGGUAACUUUAUACUAUAUGUUAAAACUAAAAACAAAGAAGUUCAAAUCUCAAAAUAAAUAAAAUAAUAAAAGAAUUUGGUGGUCCUCCCCAUAUUUAAUGGUCAAGAAAAAACACAUAAAAAUUUUCAGACUUGUCAUACUCCCAAUUUAUGAUGAAACCCAAAAUUGACCCCUCAAAGUUCUGGUAAUUCUGAAAGUUCCUCAGUCUUUAUGAAAAAGUUGAAUAAAAA